CACCUUCACAUUGACCAUGCGAGCGGGUACCUUGACCGCCUUUCGCAUGGAAACCGUUCGUAUCUGCAUUUUUUGCGCCUGCAUCAUCCGUCAGUGUCGCGUACCAUUCGCGGUUCCGGUUCCGGGGGUGGGCAAGUGAAAAGGGUCGGCCAAGGCCGCCCUGGGCAGUGCCAGCUCGUGGUUAGCUGGUACUCGAGCCUCGCCUUGCAGGAACCCAAUCUGCAGGUUUCUUCGGCAACGCAACAACCAGCGAGUGCGAUUUGGGGAAAACGCGCCCACCAGACUCGCUAUCAUUGUUCGGACGAUACCGAAACAAGCUGACCAGUACCAUCGGUCAGUUGCGCUUGUUCAGUGCGAGUAAGCAGUACCAGACCCGAUCACUCGCAACCAAUUGCGAACGAACUUUGCGCCAUGCGCGCCCUGUCCGGCCAGCUGGACAAGUUCUGGAACUUUGGCGUCGGCCGAAUGGUUCUAGCCGCCUUUUGCGCGCACUCCGUAUCGAUCAGCAUCGGCAUCACUCAGGGCUACAGCGCCAUCUGGUUGCCCCAGCUCAACGCUUCAGCAGACUUCAAUGUGACGUCGGAGCAGAGCAGCUGGUUGGCCAGUCUCGGCGCGGUCACCAAUCCGAUCGGCGGCGUGUGCAGUGGCGUGCUGGCGCAGACGCUGGGCCGCAGGCGCUCCAUCCAGAUCAGCAGCGUGCCGUUCCUGAUUGGCUGGCUGCUGAUCGGGCUCGGCCCCACCAUCGACUGGCUGUAUGUGGGCAGGCUGAUCACCGGCAUUGCGGCCGGCAUGUCGACGGCCAGUUUCACGUAUGUGGGCGAGAUUGCCACGCCCGCGACGCGCGGAUUCCUCCAAUCGCUCAGCCCCAUUUCGGCCAGUUUCGGCAUUCUGCUCACCUACGUGCUGGGCUACUUGAUCUCAUGGCGCACCAUCGCCCUGAUCAGCACCUCGUUUGCCGUAUUUUCAGCGGUGAGCAUGCAGCUGUUGCCGGACAGUCCGGCGCAUUUGAUCAAAGUGCACAGGGGCGUGGUCAGCCAAGGGGCGGACGCGUUCAAGGCGCAGCUGUUCUUCAGCCGCAACGUUGCCGCUACCGAGCAGGAAAUCCGGCAAAUGCAGCAGGGCAGCGGGCCCAAGGGGGCGGAAAAGUCGCUGCGCGAGCUCUACCUGAGCCCCGAGACCGUCAAGCCGUUUGUGCUGUUGGUCGGGCUGUUCUUGCUGCAGGAGCUGAGCGGCAUCUACAGCCUGCUGUUCUACGCCGUGCAGUUCUUCGGCGAAACUAACCUCAAAAUCAACGACUACGUCAGCAGCAUCAUGGUGGGCAGCAUCCGGUUUGCCAUGUCGAUUGUCUGCGCGCUGCUGAUUCAACGGGUGGGGCGCAAGACACUGUGCAGCUUCUCCAGCUUCGGGAUGACGCUGUCGGUGCUGAUCCUCGGCCUCUACAUUAAAUACUACGAAAUCAAUGCGGACGAGGAGCGCAUCCUCACGCUGUUGCCGCUCUUCUGCAUCAUCUUCAACGUGCUCUUCUCGAUGAUUGGCAUGUUGCCGAUACCGUGGAUCCUGGUGGGGGAAAUGUUUCCGCUGCGCGUCCGCCCCAUCAUGGCGGGCGUGGUCAUUGCGAUCGCGCAAUGCUUCAUCUUCAUCUGCGUGAAGCUCUACAACAACAUGAUCGAUGUGCUCGGCUUCAGCGGCACGAUCUUCACAUUUUUCGCUGCCAGCGCCCUCACGAUGCUCUACGCGAAGUACGUCUUGCCCGAGACUCGCGGCAAGUCAUUGGACGAGAUUGAAGCCCACUUCCGGGGGGCGGGGCCUGAAAAAGGCCCCGCCCACCUGGGGCGCGGUUUCGAUAAUGCCGCUUUCACCAUUGAAACCGAGAUGGCGCGGUGAUCGACCCCAUUGUUGUUGUUGUUGUUGUUGUUAUGCAGUUAAUUAGUGUAUUUGACGUUGAUUCCUAUGGCGCCACCGGCGCCCACACAGUGAUAUUUUGUAAUUACAUAAUACGUAGACGCUAGUUUGUA